GAAAUGGUCGUUCUUCAAGUCGUUCAAGUUCUCCUGUAAGAUCUCCUUUAACUCGUGCCCUUUCUCCUGAAAGAAUAAAUCCUUCAAAUAUACCACGUCCUGUUACCAGUAUGGGAAUUAUUAAUAGAGCUCCAUCUCGUGUUGGUAUGAGAUCAUUUUUACCUCAACCUAGUACUCCACAACCAGGAAUGGCAUCAAAAUCCCGUUUGGGAAUGAUUUCUCCUCCUCCAAUGCGACGCUAUCAUCAACAAAUAAGAACUCCAACACCAUCAUCCGUUACAAGCAGUUUAUCUCGACCAAUUACUCCUGAAAAUGAUGAUCGUCCAAUGACUCCAUUAACUGAAAGAUUAUCAAGUAUGUCCGCAGUUAAUGAUCGUAAUUCACAUUAUAUACCACUUAAAAAUGAUCCACUUGACAUUGAAGUGGCGAAAAUUGUAAAUGCUUUGCCACUUAAUGUAAAAGUGGAACGUGCUCCUGGUGGUGGUGGCAAGUAUUACUUUGGCCGUGAAAAAAAAGUAUUUAGUUGUAAAUUAGUUAAUUACGCUUCAAGCAAUCGAAACAAGGUUAUUGUUCGAGUGGGUGGUGGUUCCCAAGAUUUGGAUAUGUUUUUAUUAGAACAUAGUCUUAGUCUUACAAGCGUGAGAGAAGUAAGAUAUUAA